UCUCAACCUCACAAUAGCGUAGUGCGUUCACAUUUUACUAAUAUUGCGUUGUGAUUUGUAAUUAUGUAUUCCUAUCCCGAACGACGUCACGACGAAAAUUUAUUACAAAGCGCCGGACGUCUAUAAAACUGUCUUGCGUUAUGCAAAAUGGCAUUGUUCGUUAUCCGUAGUUCGCAUUAAGAUGUUCAAGUAUUCGACAUCAAGUAUUACCGCGACACGACCGUGAGCUUUCGUCGUGCGGACACUCGACCAAUCACGCGCCACCAACAAAACAAACACCCUAUACAUCACUCAAAUUUAAUUUAAUUACGUAUUUUUGAUUACAUUUAGUUCAUUUGUUGUUAUUUUUACAGUAUUAGUUACGUGAAACGUGCCAAGUUUAUCGAAGUACAGUUUUUGUGAAUUUUGUAUUCACGGAGCGGACGCGGUGGGAACGAAUGCUCCCGCGGGAAGUGAUUAUUCGCUAUCGCACGUUAGUCAUUGUCCACAGUAAUAUACAGUGGUACAUUAAUGAGUUAUAAAACAAGGGAAGUAGUCCGGCAUCGUGCAUUUGUACAUAGUUGCCAUUCAUAUAAAGUAAUACCUAUGUGAUGCAAAAUGUUGGAGCCGAAAGUCGUGCGCGUUGUGACUCUUGUGAUUAUUACUAUUCAUUUGUUUGAGUUCAGUGAAGCUCUGAAACUGGGCACUAAAGGUGUUUGCGAAGAAAAUGUUUUAGAAAUUAAUCCGUGUCUAAUUAGCCCUAGAGAAUGUGCCAAAAGAAAACAAUUGAGAUUCAGAGGGCACAAAGUACCGAAAGGGCUGAAGAAGGCUGUUUGCUGCAACAACUACGAAUACGACAUGGACCUGGAUGAGUGUCUGCCGAUAUGCAGCAUGGGCUGUGAGAACGGCGAGUGCGUCGAUGUGGACACGUGCGAGUGCAAGCCGCCGCUGGUGCUCGUCAACUACGAGUGCGUGCAGCCCGUCUGCUCGGGCUGCGAGCACGGCGACUGCGUGGCGCCCGGCGUGUGCAAGUGUCACGCCGGCUAUGUCACGCAGAACGGCUCCUGCGCACCCGUCUGCAGCUCCGUCUGCGUCAACGGGCGCUGCGUCGCGCCCAACCGUUGCGAGUGCAGCCCCGGCCACGCGCCCGACCCCAGCGACGCCUUCAAGUGCAACCCCAUCUGCGACACCCCCUGCGUGAACGGCACCUGCGCGGCACAUAACAAGUGCAUCUGCAGCGUGGGAUACGAGCCUACAGGCAACAGUGCAGUCUGCAGGCCUACCUGUGCUGGCUGCGACCAUGGACAGUGCGUUGCACCGAAUCAAUGCAUCUGCUCUAUUGGAUACGAACGUAUAAACUCGACCUGCAAGCCACAGUGCAGUUCUUGUAGCAACGGCGACUGUGUAGCACCUGGGAAGUGUGAAUGUCAUGAAGGAUACGAGCUUAAAGGGGAAGACUGUGCGCCAAUAUGUUCACCACCAUGCAACAAUGGACAAUGUCUCGCGCCUGAUAACUGUUCCUGUAACCCUGGUUACAAUCUGACAACUACAGGCUGCGAACCUAUCUGUUCCAAGCCUUGUGUUAAUGGGAAAUGUUCAGCACCCGACUUCUGCUCUUGUGACACCGACUAUAAGAAGGACGACACUGAUCAGUAUACCUGCUACAAACCCUGCGACCCACCUUGCUUCAAUGGCACCUGCAGUUUGCAUGGGGAGUGCAAUUGUUUCGACGACUUCGAAUAUGACGAUGCUACGAAGACUUGCGAACCUGUCAAACCGAUCGACUGUAACCUGUGUGACGGCAAGUGUGAAGACAAUAAGGAAGUGUGUCGGUGUGCCAACCACACGCUAUGUGUCGUGGCGAUCCUUCAGAUGCCCCCAGAGGCUGUGGCCUCGGACGUUAAGAUGGCUGGUAUGAACAUGAUGCUGAUGGCGAUAGGCGGCGCCUGCCUGCUGCUCCUCAUCCUGGUUGUCGUCGUGAUGCAGAGGAUCUGGCACAAGAGGAACGAUUAUGGAAAACCUACUAGUGAGAAUACGAAUUUAGACAGCGUGAUGUACACAGUGCCCCACACAUUAAUAACACAGAGGAACAGCAGAGUGUCCGUCGACGAGACGUCAUGUUACGAAGGCGAAGACGACGGCGAUGUGACGAAUACCGACACCUUACUACAGAGACCAGAGGACCUGCCUUAGUCCGUACCUGUACCAACGAUGUUUAGUUAAGACCAAUGUUUAGCUUGUAAGAGAUAAACGAGUUAUUAUUAAAA